AUGAGUUUGUCAUUUUACUCUCAGGAUGAUAUACGUAGGUCUUUAGGUAGUGUGAACAUUUCUGUUUCAGUAAAUAGAUCCAGCCAAGUGUUUCGGGACAUUUCACCACUGUCGAAUAGACUUUCCAAAUUUUUAAAAGAGCAUUGCAAAGAGGAUGAAAGCAGUAAAGGGGAACCUUGGUUCAAAACAAAUGAAUCUCUUUAUAACAAAUCUUUCAGUGAUUCAUGUGGUCUAGUAAACACGUCUGUGAUGGGUUCCAUCGAAGUUUCAAAGCACAGUAAGGAAACUGGCCUCCUAAAAAAUCAAUUUUUGCUUAUACGCAAUAGUUUAAAGCUGCUGAAGUCUCAGGUUGACAUCUUUAUGAAAAUAAAUACAGAAACUUUGAGAAUGGAAGAACAAGGACAAGAAACAAUAAGGAAUGAGCUGAAAUCUUUAUUAGACUGGCUGGAGCCCAAAAUACCAGAGCACAGGGUGCAAAAACAAGAUCCUAUUCUCCGUGAAUCUCUGAUGAUCAUGGGUGAAGAAAAUAAAUCCUAUAAGACAUCAUACAACAUUACUGACUUGAAACAAGACGUAAUUAAGUUAUCUGACUCAAUGCAGGAAGAGCCUUCUUUGACUAUAAACCAUUUCAAUGAAGUGAAUAACUUACAAGCAUUUAUGCAGAAAAUGGAGAAUGAAUUGGAUCACUUAACAGACCAGCUCAAAGUUUUAGAAGAAAGGAUAGAAGCUUUCGAGCAGUUGAACUGGCCAGAACUACUGAAUAACUUACGUAUAAAAGUUCAAGAGCAGACGGUAAAACUAUGCAUGUCGUACAUUGUCAGAGAAUUGGACAAGGAUAUUUUUGAAGCAUAG